AAAUUCAGAAAGAGAUUUCAAUUUUCAAACGCCACCGAGUUAGAAGAGAGAGAGAGAGAAAUGAAGAAAGGUUCAGGCGGUGGAAGACGAAGCACUCGCCGGAGUUCAGCUGCGGCGCUACUCGAAACGCCACCGCGAGUGGCGUCUCCUCCUUCUCCCAACCACUCUCCUCCCAAAUCGACGCUGCUCAACAACAGCAACAAGCGCACCAAGAAGAUGACCGCGGCAAGGGCUUCUUCCGUCAUCGGAUCUCCGUCUCCGGCAGCCUCCAAGCCGCUCGCCGACGCCAACGGCCUGGCUUCGAUUCCCGAUCUGAAGAACCUCGCCUCGUCGCGCCUCCAAGAUCUCAAGCAACAUAUCGAUCGCUCUCACACUGAGAUUCUCAAGGAUUGCGAUUCCGCUCAUUCUCGACUCCACAAGCGCUUCAAGAUUCAGACUCAAGCAUGUCAGCAAAUGUUGGAUGAAGCAGACAAGGAAUACAAGAAGAUGACCCAAAGGACUACUGAAAGUCGGGAAGCAAUGAUGGCUUCUUAUGCAGAGUUCAUGGCAGAUGCACAGGCCUCGGCUUCUCGUGCUUGCAAAACAUCCAUUGCUGAGUUGUCACAGUCCUUUGAGAAAGCAAUUGAUGCUCUUAACAUCCGUUAUGGGAUUUCAUCCAAGUAGCUAUUAUGUCUCAGUCUCUUAUGUUCACCAGAAAGUUUAGGGAUGCAUAGUGGGGGAGAGUGGGAGAUAGUAGUUGACUGGAUUCAGAGGGUGAUCUACAGUAGCUGGAUAGUAUGAUAUGAGUCUGUUGAUUUGACAGUCUUAAACUCGUUGAAAUAAACUGUGUGAUUGUUGUUUAUCUCACUCCGCUUGUUGCAAACUUGCAACACUAUCUUGGGUUAGUACUUAGAUAUAGAUAAGAAAAUCAUAUAUAUUUAGAUCAUCACUCUAUUUUUGCAACUAACAGUUUUUGCCUAUGCUACUUACAUGCAUAUGUACUUUGCAAGUUGCUGACAGUGGCCUAUGUUGUAAUGUCCUAAACCAUUU